GUAAUCCGUUUGCAUUUAAUUAUAAUUUUAGGUUUUGUCUGAGACAUUUAAUUGUAUUUUCCCUGUUUUCAAUAGAAAAAGAGGCAUUCCCUGGGAGAACCUGAUAGCCUCAAACUCAGAUAAUGCAAGUGUCAUGAAAGGCAGACACAACUCUGUCAUCAGCAGACUGAAGACCAGCCAGCCCCACGUCCAGGACCUUGGUUGUAUCUMCCACCUGGUACAGCUAGCCACUGGUUGUGGCAUCAGAGCAGCCCAGGUACCAGUGGAUGACAUCCUGGUGGGGAUAUACACCCACUUUGAUAAAAGUGCCAAAAGAUGUGAAAUCUACAAAGAGUUUGUAGAUUUCACUGAUUCAGAUCACCUGAAGCUUCGCAGGUACUGCAGCACCAGAUGGCUGAGUCUUUUAAACUGCAUACAAAGAGUGUUGAACCAGUGGGAUGCACUGCAGGCCUACUUCAACAGUCAUGAGGAUGUAGAGAGGAGUGCCAAAGUGCGUGAUCUGGCAAGCCAUCUGUGUGAUCCAGUUGUGAAGACCUACUUCAUGUUCCUGAGUGCUGCCCUUAAGCCUUUAUCUGAAUUUAAUAUUGCUUUCCAGUCAGAGGGCGUACAAAUUCACAGACUUGAAGAGGAGAUGUGCAGGCUGAUCAGGAGGAUCCUGGGGUACCUCGUACCAGCCAGGGCUAUCGUGGGUGUACCUCUCAGGGAGGUGGAGUAUAGUCAAGGACAUCAGUUGCCUGAUGAAGAACUCUUUAUUGGAGCAGACACAAAGGCAUUCAUGAAAAGCUCAGAGCUCCCUGUGUCAGCUGAGAAAAACAUCUUUCAAUCUGUGAGAAGAUUCUAUGAAGCAAUGGUUCAGAAGAUGUUCUCCUCCUUUCCUCUCGACCAUCCACUCCUGAGGGACAUGAAAGUGCUGGACCCUGCUGCUCGCCUCAACAUUACUCCAGGGACAG